AUGUCGGACUCAACACCACUCUUCCUCGGCCUGGACGCCAGCACCCAGGCUCUCAAAGCCUCGCUCCUCGAUGCCGACCUCAAUGUCCUCUCUGAGCUCGAAGUCCGCUUUGACCGAGACCUUCCACACUACAAGACGACGGGCGGCGUCUCUGAACCCACAGCCUCCGAUGAUGCAGGCACGGUAGUGGCGCCGGUGAUGCUGUACGUCGAGUCGCUCGACAUGCUUGCCGAUCGCAUGCGCGCCGCGUCCUGGCCGCUCUCCCGCAUCCAUGCCGUCUCUGCUGCAGGUCAACAGCAUGCUUCGGUGUACUUCUCUCGUGCCGCCCCGAAGAUCUUUACGACGCUGUCGACAGACAAGACGCUGACGGAGCAGGUGGAGAUGGCAUUUAGCAGAAAAGUGGUUCCAAAUUGGCAGGACUCGUCCACCGUCGAGGCGUGCAAGGCCUUCGAAGCUGCCGUUGGUGGAGCGGCAGAACUGGCGAAGGUGACGGGAUCGAAGGCUCACACGCGAUUCACAGGUCCGCAGAUCUACAAGUUCCGCACGCAAGAGCCGGAGGCGUACAAGGACACGGAGAGGAUCGGGCUCGUCUCGAGCUUCAUCACUACCAUGCUGUGCGUCGGGUCGGGUGGAGACGAGGCAACGGUCAUCAAGGGUAUCGACGAAUCGGAUGCCUGCGGUAUGAAUCUGCUGGACAUGCGAGCUGCCUCGUCCAUCCCAUCCACCGAGAGUCGGGGCAACCUCGAGCCAGGCUGGAAUCAAACCCUGCUCGCCCUUGCAUCUGGCGAGAGCGAGGACCCUUCCCUCGGUGGCGCUGCCGAGUUGGAGCGCAAGCUGGGCGUCAUCUACCGCGACGCUGGCUCGUCCGUCGGCACCGUCGGCAGCUGGUGGACCCAACGCUACGCUUUUCACCCCGACUGUCAGAUCUUCCCUGGCACGGGCGACAACCCGGCCACCUUCCUCGCCUUCAGCCUUGCCGAGCGCCAGGCGAUCAUCAGCCUCGGCACAUCCGACACGGUCAUGGUCGCCACCCACCAGUACGUGCCCGAUCCGGACUUCCACGCCUUCUUCCACCCCGCCCGCCUGCCCUCGAGCGGAGACGCGUUCUUCAACAUGCUCGUGUACAAGUCGGGUAGUUUGGCGCGCGAGUGGGUGCGCGACCAGUACUGCGCCGCCGAUUGGGAGAGGUUCAAUGCCGACGUGGAGAAGUUCAAGCUGGACGGAGGGGACAAGAGGACGGGAUUCUACUGGUUGCGACCGGAGAUCAUCCCUUCGGGAGCAUCGGGGGUUCAUCGCUACACGAAAGCCGGUGGGGAUUGGGAGAAGACGGGCGAGUUCAGCGAUUCGGGUAUGAACGCAAGCGCGAUUCUUGAGACGCAGUUCCUCAACUACCGAUAUCGCUCGUCGUCCAUCGUCGCUGGCCCAUCGUCGUCGGUCGUCGAUACGAACACGCUCCCGCUGGAAUCAAUCUACGCCGUCGGAGGCGCUUCGUCCAACUCGACCAUCACACAGACCAUGGCCGACGUGUUCGGCUGCGACAUCGUCAAGCCCGUCCAGCCGGCGGACGAUGGCAAAGGCUGGAGUCCCGCCAACUACAACUUCUGCUCGGUCGGCGCUGCGUACAAGGCUGUGUGGGGCUGGAGCAGGGCACAAGGCGGGGAGGUGCAGGAGUUCGAUGACUUUGUGCACGCGACCAAGUCGAAGCAGGCGAAGAAGGCGGGGCUGGGCGAGGGUGGAGAGGUCGAGGGCGGUGUGCAGGUGAUCUGCAGGCCCAGGGAGGGCCGGACAAAGGUGUACACUGAGGUGAUCGGCGAGUGGAAGCAGCUCGAGGAACGGGCUCAGAACGAGAAGUGA